CCAGUCUCUCUCGGAAGGGAAAGCCCAUGGCGAAGCUGACGGGUCCCGAGUUGUGUGAGGCGGAGCUCAAGAGCCUCCUGAAGCGAGACCGUAAGGUGUACUACACCACCCCGUCGCUCAACGACCAGCUGUACAUCCACUACCGGGGAUACAGACGCCUCCAGGCACUCGAGCCCUUCACCGGACUCAAAGUCCUCUACGCUGAGGGAAAUGGUACAAGGCGGGACGGGGCGGCGUAUCGAUGGUCGUUCGUUGCAUGCGGGGGAACGUCGAGAUGGGUGGGUGUCUCAUGCCGUCUCCCUUCUGCGUUUGUUUGUGUGUGUGUGUGUGUCAGGGUUUCGGAAGCUGGAGGGGCUGGAUGAGUGCCAGAAGCUCCGCUGCCUGUGAGCUGGGGUGGCCAACCAGGGGACUCAUGCUGUGUGUGUGUGUGUUUGUGUGUGUUUAUGUGUGUCAGCUACGUGCAGGAGAACUGCAUCGAGAAGAUAGAGGGUGUGGACAAGCUCAAGGACCUCCACACCGUCAACCUCUCCAACAACUUCAUCGAAACUAUCGAGGGGCUCGGUAUGCCUUGAAAGCGCACAGAGGGAGGGAGGGAGCGAGAGAGAGACAGCGCUUGUGUGCGUGCCGCUUUCUGUAAAAGGUGAGAAUGGGAGUUUGGGUACGCUGAUCAUCCAGAAGAACCGUGUGGGCACCAAUGGCUUAUCGGACGUCACCGAACUCAGAAACUACAAAGCCAUCACGUACCUGUCUCACGCAAUGCCCUCUGUCUUGUGUGUUGGUGUGACCUCCCGUCUCUCUCUCUCUCUCUCUGUGUGUGUGUGUGUGUGCAGUGUGUUGGAUGUGUCGGACAACCAGAUCGACGACCCCGCCAUACUGGAUGAGGUGCUCGUAGACAUGCCCGCACUCACUGUCCUCUACCUCAAGGGCAACCCGGUGGUACGCCACACAACCAUAUUACCCACCCUGUCCUGGGAUCCACUCACUCCACAAUGGAAUAAUGAGGUGUGGCUGACUUGUUUGUGUGUUGUGGUGUUUAGGUGAAGCGCAUCCCCAACUACCGCAAGACGGUCAUCAACACGCUCAAGAAUCUCAGAUACCUCGACGACAGACCCGUAUUCCCGGACGACAGACGGUCAGGGCAGUGAGUGAAUGACGUUCGUUGCACUUUGCUUGUCUGUGUGCCUGACUGACUGGCUGACUGACUGCUUUCCAUGCAGCUGUGCUGAGGCGUUUUGCCGCGGCGGUUUCCCCGAGGAGCGUCAGGAGCGGCGCAUCAUACAGGAGGAGAAAAGGGACGAGCAGAAGCGCAACCACGACGGUCGGGCACCCACACACCCACAUAAAGAGAGAGGGACAGCCGUCCUUUGUUUCAUGGCUCUCUGUCUGUCUGUGUACGCCUAUUUGUCUGUGUAUGUGUGUGGAUGCGCAGCGUUUCGGCGCUUGAUUCAGGAGGCGCGUCAGGAGAAGGCGGAGCGUGACAAGAUGGAGGCCGAGGACGACCCACAACUCGCCAUACACGAGCACUGGAGACAGAAGGAGAAACGACGGUAGGAACGCCAGCCGACCUUCCCAUGCAUGUACCGUACCGUAACCGCACUCGAAUGUCCAUCUCUCUCUCCUUGUGUGUGUCAGAUACUAUGACGAGGAGGAAGACAGCGACCAGGAGAGAGAGCAACACUUUAGGUAUAUAGCCCCCUCUCACCCUCUCAGUGACAAUUGUACCACUGCCUCCCCCUCUCUCUCUCUCUCUCUCUGUCCAUGCAGAGGUGUGGCCCAGGACAUCCAGCAGCAGGAGCAGAAUCAUCAUCACCACAAUGACGGCAUCUACGCCGAGCGCCGGCCGUCUGCCCUCUCCCGCCACUCCACCGACCUGCCCGGCAGCUGCAGCGAGCGGGCCAACACGCGAGAAGACUUCGACGACACCGAGAGCGCCUUACGCGCCCAGCAGACGGUGCAGUCAUUCUCAUUCGCAGGGCCGCAGCAGGACGAGAAGCAGCAAUCGGGAAGCAAGGGUGGAGAAGGGGAACGAGAUGACAUCUGGGGAGAGGGGGAUGGGGAGGGCGAGGGUCCGGAGAGAGGGGAGGAGAAGCCCACCAAGAUUGCCAUUGUGGAGGAGGAGGAGGAGGACAGUGCUGAUGAAGGUGAGGAGGGCGAGAAGGACCUCCCGCCCAUGGAGAGAUUCGAAGAAGACCAAGGAGACAACGGGCCUCCUCCCCUGAUCGAUAACAAGCGAGAUGCAGACACCAAGACAGAGACAGAGCAUCAGGGGGCCAAGAAGGCCAAGCCAUCACCAGCACCAGCACCAGCACCAGCACCAGCGCCAUCCUCCUCCUUCUACGAGCACCCCUUCAUCCCAUGGGCCAGCCAUGACGACCCCAAGGACAAGGACAAGGACACGGACAAGUGCAGCACGACGGCCAUGCCGGCCCCGUCGGCCGAGGCCAUGGGGCGCAAGGUAGUGCAGACCAUACAGAAGGACAAGGAGGGAGGGGGGGAGCAGGGGGAUGGCAAGAGCAUGGAGGCUCUUGACUAGCUAGGCUCACUCGUCAAACGAUGCGUGUG